ACUCAGCCGUCCAUCAAUGCUGAGGCAGCCGAGCCUAUGGACACCAAAAUGGGCCAGUUUAUUCAACGCAAAGUGGCCGAUUUCUCUUACGAUCUUUCAACUCUUGGCCAAGCCACAGUGGUACCUCCUCAGACGACCGACGCCUAUUGGUUCGAAGAAGAAAGGGUGCACAUGACCGUCUCCUAUACCCAACCCACGUCAGCAAGAUCGGGAAUAGACAAGAUGAGGCAAGAAGAGAUACAAGUCUCCCACUCGACGUGCGAAUUCAUAAAAGUACUAAGGGACCCAAGAACAAAUGACAAUACCAGGGCCAAAGCUGACAGCUAA